UAACUUUAGAGCACUUAGAUUGUAAUAGAAAUAGUACUUCUGUAGAACAAUUUGCUAAACAGUGGGGCUUAGAAAUUGGCACUGUAGUUGAGUAUACAAAACAUAUAGUAACAGCAAUUAAUUCAAUUAGAAAUACAUAUAUACAGUGGCCUGAUUCUAUUGAGCGACAACAAAUUAGUAGUAGAAUAGAGCAUUUAUCUGGAUUUAAAGGUUGUGUUGGAUUUCUUAAUAAAACUGAUUUUGUACUUGAAUACAAACCACUAAAAGAUGAAGAAACUUACUAUAAUAAAAAAAAGAAAUAUGCUCUAACUGUACAAUUAAUUUGUGAUGAAUUAAAAUUCAUUCAAUUUGCAAACUUUUGA